AAGUUGCUCUUCCAGGAAGCUCUUCUCAUAUUUCGGAUUUUAACCCGAAACUGCCUGAAAGUUACCUGACGCGUUCACACUAUGGGGCGUUUCUUCCCUAUUUAUUAUUGCUGCUCUCAUCCUGCGCUCUGUUCCCUCCCCGUGUCGCUCCUUAUAUUCCCCGUGCACUGCUUUUGUUUCUCCCUCGGAUGCAUCUGGAUGUCCCGUCAUGCAGUCUUUCAGCUUGGUAAGGGGACCGAGACCGGGACCGAGACCGGGACCGCGUCUGCACGCGCAUCAUGUCAUUAAAGCCGCGGGACGCGCGUGGCUCUGAUCCAGACUUUCAUUAUCGAUCCCGUCUCCCUCACAGUCGGACAGAGCUUCACUUACAGGCUGAUUUACUGGUCGCCAUGCAGAGGAGGCGUCCGGUGUCAGAGUUCGAUUACCAUGGCUAAGGUGGUUGGGAAGAAGCUGCACUGGCGCUCCAAGGUGCAAGAGAGCUUCGUUCCUCUGUUGGGUAGCUCAGGAGAAUUGGGUGUGGCCAUCGGAGGCGGCGCAGACUAUGGUGAGUUUCCGUUUGUCACAGCCGCGCCGGGAGGUGGAAUCACAGUCGACGAAAUCAUUUUGGAGAUCGGUGGGACACCUGUUCUGGGAAUGACCUUAGGUGACGUACGUGGAGUACUCAACUCCUGCCCGCAUCCGAUUCGGAUCAAGACGGUUACACCAGAUUCAACACUGUGUAAGGAUCUGCGGUUGUAUCUGAGUAAAUGUUUCACACCUGGCUGCAUGGACAGCCAGCUUCAACAAGUCAUACGGGAAAAUCUCUAUCUGCGUGCAGUACCAUGUACAACCAGACAGCCUCGAGAUGGAGAGAUCUCAGGAGUGGAUUAUAACUUUGUAUCUGUCGAAGAGUUCUUCUCUCUAGAGGAGUCAGGAGCUCUGCUGGAGAGCGGCAAAUUCAAAGGGAACUACUACGGAACCCCUCGACCAAUCCACAUUGGUCCCGACAGCCCCCCCAUCACCUACCAGGAGCACCGCAAGCUUCUAAGGAACUUCCGCACACGCAGCAAAUCCAUCAGUAACCUGGAGAAAGCGGCAGAGGAAGGCUACAAUAGUGAGGGAGACUCUGGGCUAUCAGGUGGCUCAGGAGGUGCCAGCAGUGUCCCUGCCCCGAUAUCAUCCCCGAGCCAAUCUCGUAACUCCAGCGGAGGAGACGGCAGUGCCUUUGAGAACGGGAGCAGGCACAGAAGAGGACCACAGAGGGCGGGGCUUGAAACCUGGGAAAUGACCUACAGUGACUCAGGGGAACCAUACUACACAGAUCAUCAGCCCAAGCCAACUUACUGGCACACCCGACGCACAUCCAGCCAAGAGUCAGUUUUUAUGUCUGACAUCUGCGAGUUCACAGAUCAGCCAAGUGAGCUGAGGGGAUACUCGAUCCACACUCGGGUGUGCAAAGGACCGCAGGGCUUCGGCUUUAAAAUCGCCGGUGGCAGGCGGCCUCGAGAGUUCUUACAGAUAUACAGCAUAACACCCGGAGAGCCGUCAACUCUUAACAUUGGGGAUAUCCUGGUGUACGUUAAUGACACCUGUGUGCUGGGCACUUCUCAUACAGAAAUACUGGAAAUGUUGAGGGUUGUGCCAGUGGGCCAGAGUGUGGACAUGGUGGUCCGUAGAGGCUACCCCAUGCUCUAUGAGUCAGAUGGCAACCCCAGACUGUCUCAGGAGCCUGCCUCCCAACCUUCACCUCUUCCAACCACUACCCAGCCCAAAGCCCAGGCCCUGCUCCCACAAUCCCAGACACUUCUCAAUCACAGUAUGCUUAUGUACAAUGCAGAAGGAAGAUAUCCUAGAGCUUAUGGAAGAAGUGCAUCCAGGUUUAGCCUGGACGCCAAUGGAAAUGCUUCACAUUAUUCACCACCUUCGAGAAUGCCGUCUUCUUACCGAUACUCCAGCGAGGGAGAGAGCGAUAUCGUGAGGCCGCAGUACUCUCAGAGAAGGAUCAGGCAGCUGCAGAGAGCAGAUCUGGCCAGCCAGAGUGACAGCGAAGUGAUUUCAGCUAUAGGUUCACACAGAGCCUCCUUUAUUCAAAACCACAACAACAACUCACUCUUCCCACCAUCUCCUUUGCGUGGUUACUCUACUAAGUCCUCCGACAGUGACCUUUCCUCCUAUGCCCCAAGCCCACCCCUUUCUCGCUUACCCCUCCCCCAAAAUGAAGCAGUCCAUGCCUCCAUCGCCUCCUCCCCUGGUGGGGGGAAACGAUACACACACUUUCAAAAUGGUCAACGCACCCUGUUCACACCUCCCACCAGCGUGCACUCAGAUGGGCCGUACUUCACUUUUGGAAGUGCCAACAGCGGCAGUCCAGGCAGUAGCGCCAAUUCACCAGGGGCAAUGAGCAAUAGUGGGGGCCGGGAGCUUGUGCCCAUCGCCCUGGCAAAGUGCACACAAGACGGGAGUUUGGGGUUUAGCUUGAUUUCGGGCGGACAAGGCGGAAGGGAAGCUGUGGUGAAGAGAGUGUGGAACUGGCAGCAGUGUAACGGCCUCCAACCUGGAGACACCAUUGUGAAGAUCAACGGAGUCAAUGUGCAAAGCCUCAGCUUCAUCCAGGUCUAUCGUACUUUGGAAGAGCACACCAAAAAUGGAGAGGUCAUUGUGCUAGUUCAGAGAGGAGGCUCCAUAUAUUCUUCCAUCUCUCCAAAGUCUAAGCGCCAACACAGCACUGCCCUGCCACGCCCUGCCUCUGCCUCUCAGAUCCCUCUUACUGAUACUCCACCUGUGCUACGGAAGUCUCUUACACCACCCCCUCAGUCACUGGUGCGUUCUUCUUUGGUCCAGAGCACCAGCUUCUUGGACUCUGUACCUGUCACUCUAACGCUGGAGCCUCGUGAUUGGAUGAGUACGGAGGAGGGCGGGACUACUCUCAAUCCCAGAUUGAAGACUGAAGGGAAGGGCAUGUCACCUUUGCCACGGGGAUUCGAGGUGGAGCUAAAGAGGAAACCAGGAGAGGGAUUUGGAUUUGUGAUUGCGUCACAGGACGUUGAGAACGGCAGAGCGGCAUCUCUGCUGCCUCACCGGUUUGUGACUGUACGCCGUGGCAGUCCUGCAGCACGAAGUGGCCUGAUUCGGCCCGGCGAUCGGCUGGAGUCAGUAGAGGGACGUAGUGUGGUUAAUCUGCCCCACAGAGAGCUGGCACAAAUACUGCGCAGGGCGGGCAACACAUUGCGUCUCUCCAUAGUCCCACGCGCCAGCGCUCAUUCCACUGAGCACUCAGACAGUGAUCUCCAUCACAGAAGCAGAAAGCCUCACAGGUCCAAACCUAAGGACUCAUCACGGUACUACAGUGUAGAGCUAGAGAGAGGCCCUACUGGUUUUGGAUUCAGUCUGAGAGGAGGUAGUGAAUAUAAUAUGGAUCUUUAUGUUCUGGGCCUGAUGGAAGGAGGACCGGCCUCAAGCAGCCGAAAGAUGCAGGUUAGUGACCAGUUAGUGGAAAUCAAUGGGAACAGCACAGCAGGUAUGAGCCACAGUCAAGCUGUGGAGCAGAUCAGGACUGCAAGCCAUAAGCUACAUCUUGUCCUGAAAAAAGGCAAUGGAUAUGUCCCUGACUAUGGCCAUGAUCAAGGAGCAGCCGUCUCCUCCCUGUCCUCAGCCCUGCAGUCGCAUCUGGCUGCAGUGAAUUACCAACACCACCGUCUGAAUUCCAUGUCCAGCCCUACAAGAACAGGCAGGACCCUCGACCAGAGAGGAAGAACAGAGCACCAGGGCCGGGAGGAGAGCCCCAAAGAAACACAGGUCACAGGACACAGGUCUAAGGACAGGAGGAGGAGACAAAGCUCCCACAGUUUACCCAGAACCAUCCAUGGACAACACAGCGAUGGAGAGGAUAUCAGUGAGCCAGCAACAAGAGGACGACUUAGGCAGAGAGAGACAAAAAAGGAGAGGGGUAGGAGGAGUAAAAGUGAGGAAAGUAGGAGACAGCCAACAAAUGAGGGUGAGGAAGAGACUAUGGGAGAGGAACUGCAGCGAAACAAAGAGCAGGAGAGAGAAAAAAUGCACUUUCGUGAGAAGAGGUUUGCAGAGUCGAUUCAGAAAUGGAAUGAGAAGGAAAAAGAGAAAUUAGAUACCAAGGAAAGAGAACUGCAAAACAGUCAGUUGUCUCAAGAGGAUGAAAUCUCUCGGGGAAAUCCAGGAGUUGAACACUACAGAGCGAGGAGAGAUGGGCAGCUGAAAGGUGAGACAAAACAAAUGCUGCCAAAUGAUUUGGGAAGAGAGAGAACAGGGCAGUGGGAUAUCAACACUAUACCCUAUGUUGGUAUGUCUUUGCCAGGGCAAGAAAAAAUUCAGUCCACCAGCCUCUCUGCCCAUGAAUCUGAUCAGUCUCCAUUCUCCUUUCUCAUGUCCCGUCAACCACAACUCACCGAGCCAGAAUCAGAAAUGAAUGGAUCAGCUGCCAGUCUCCCUAAGUUCUCUACCUAUAAAAUGCACAGUUCAGGAUCCAUAGUGCAGAAUCCCUGGCUCAGACCCAGUCUGCACACACUCAGUAGAGAGAUGGAUAGAAACCAAUUUACAGGAAAUUUAAAGGACCUUACAAAGUUCUGAAAUUAUGCAUUUUUUGCAUUAUAAUGCUACCAGGUCAACUAUUUGAAAUCAUUUAAUCAAUUGAAAUAGGCUUUAUUAUAAGCUGUUGGAUCACAUUCACUUUAUUAGUUAUUAGUUUAUUAUUUUAUUACAAUUCAAAUUAAAAUCUUUCUGUCUUCUGCCUUUUUUCCUCAGUUAAAUGCUUGAGGGACGUUUUAUGUCCUCAUCUUUUUGCCAUAUUUUGUGCCUCUUUUUAGAUUCUGCUUAUUGUGUAUUACUCUUCCUCUAAGCUCUGGGUCAGCUUUAAUUGUCUUGCUUUAUCCUAACCUUGUUAUAGAAGGGGAGACUGACCGGGAAUAAGGAACUAGUUUUGUCUAAGAUUGUGGGGCAAACAUGAAGCAAUACAAUGCCACAAGCCAAGAUUUUUGAUAUGCAAAAAAAUAUAUUAAUGGUGUGUUUUAUGUACAUUAACAUUUCCUUAUACAAAUAUUAUGUAUGGCAUAAAACCAUAAACCUUUUUGGGGUGUGAUGUUAUAGGAAAGUGAAUAGGAAUAUUAUAGGAAAGAACAGGGUGAUGUGAAAAGACAGGAGUUACUGAUAGCACCCAGAAGCUGAUUACUUUCCUAUAACAACAUGUCCGGCAGAGUUUUAUCCCUGUUAUACCACAGUAUUCCCAACAAUUACAAUUUAAAACUUAAUUAUUGAACCACAUCGUCCCAUUCAUAGCUACGUUCAAUGUCCUGAAACAUCUGCAAGACAAAUUAGUUUUGCCAUGACUGCAAAGUCGUUCCUUCACCAGCGUCUCUUUUGUUCCUCCUCGUAAAGUUCUUGAAACAAAAAAUUACAGAGAAACAACAAAUCUCAAAUUUCUCCUGAAGACUAUCUUGCAGCAGAAAACUGACUGAUACAAAGCCAUGGCAGUGAAGAUUUUUUAUGCUUAUUCCUAGACUUAAAUUAUGAGGAACACCUAUCUUUCAAGUCUCUGAAAUUAGCUGUUGCUAUAGAAACACUAAUAUUUUAGAAUGAAUGAAUUAAUAUAAACCUGUCAAAGCUGCUGUUAUCUAAAAAUAAUCAACUCUUUCAUGGCUGAUCAGAUUCGAGAAUUAAACAUCACUGUGGUGUAAAAAAUGUUAAUCAGGUCAAAUUAUCGUAUUGUUUUUGUCUUGGGACCUCAUCCAGACCUCAUCCAAAUAACAUGUUAAUAUGUGUAUUUACUCCACACUUACUUAUUUGAGCCCCACAGGUUUUAUGCCUUCUAAGUGAACCUUAUCAUUUUGUGGCUCAGUUAAACAUUUUCCUGUCACCUCAUCAUUGUCCUUCUAACCUCACUGACCUCGUAUUGAGUUUAGCCUAGAAUAUGAACGCCUGAUGAAUGAUAAGCCAUUGCCUUUGGCAAUAACCACAUGACCGAUGUUUUAUGUUGCCAGUGAAAGUCACAUUGUCCUACAAUGUCCAUUGUUAAGUACUGAAAUUACACUAUGCAGCAGAGAAAUGGAGGAUUUAAGGAGGUACAGAAAUAGCCAGAAGUCACAGAUUGUCACUACACAUUUUACUCCCAAACUCAGAGAUCAUGAAACAGUAACUGAAAGUGCCCUCUGUGUUCCAACACGACACAUUCAAGACAUCAGUCCCCAUCUCCUUCCUCCAUCCUUUGCCAUUCUGUACUGGAUGGAUAUGCACCUCAUGGAUAAGGACUAAUCUUAGGAGUUUGUUUCACUGACUAUACCUGUUUUAAUUGGGGUUUUUAACCAAAGACUGCAGUAAAUCUUUGAAGCUGGAAUCACAAGCCUUUGUUUGAAAACUGUGUAAAGCCCAUCUUGGAAGUGGUUGGUGAUAUUUUAUCUUUUGUUGAUAAACAGGUGGACUUUUCUGUGUUUGUGUCCUUAACUUGUUCUGUCUAAAUGUUCAAAUAAGGGCAAUUGAACAUCAGUAAAUGUAUUAUGCUGCUAUUCAGCCAUAAGCCGGUGUAGAUGAAUUAUUACUACUUAGUAUUCUUUCCUAUUCCUCAGGAGAAAUUCUCAGAUGGAAGUAUAAAAUGUUUUUUUUCUCCAGAGGUAUGAGACAGGAAUAGGUUUAGAAAAGAACUAAUACUUUUGUACUUAUAAUAAAUAGAGUGUCAGAUGCCAAAUGUAUAUUAGUAACCAGUAUGAUGUCACCAUUUUAAAGCAUUCAUAUAGCCAUAUAGUUUCUACAUUCCCAGCAGGUCUGGGCUAAGUUUCAGUCUCAGUGUGUACUGUAUGUGCUGUAAAGUAAGAUUCAUAAACCGAUCGUGAGAAAAAGGAUAUGAGCCAGUGCCAGAUGCAGCUUUACAUUUAAGAUCCUUUCCUCUUUUUGCAAAAUAUGUAUACAUAUAUGUGUAUAUAUACAUAUGCAUAUAUGCAGGUAUAUAAAUCUAUAUCUAUGGCCAUGUAUUUAUUGUAAAUACAUAUAAAUAUGAAUAUCUAACAGGUGUACAGUUUAUUAUCAACAUGAAUAUAAUGGAUAUAUUAUUAUAUUUCUUUUAUGAUUAUGUUAUAUACAGUCGUAACCAAAAUGCAAAUUGUAUUAAAGUAAAUUAUAUUA